AAAGUGAUUCUGAAAACCCACUGACAGUUGCUCGUGGUUAGCUAGUAAGAGAGACACAUUGUACACCUCUGUAGCUAGCUUGUUUAAGAUCUGUGGUUUACUAGCUAACGUUAUUAGUUAGACGAUUUGCGGACGAGUACAGUAGAUUAUAGCUAGCUAGAUAGCUACACAACCAGCUCGCCCAGCUAUCAACAUUAAUUCGGUCACGGUAAAACAAAGAUGCCACAGAAGCGUCGUUCCCAGUCUUGGACGGAGUUGAAACAAGCAGGCAACGAAUGCUUUAAAACGGGACAGUAUGGGGAGGCUGCUUUUAUUUACAGCCAGGCUAUCAAAGAAGUGGAGUUGUCAGGAAAGAAAAAUCCAGAGGAUCUUAGUAUCCUGUAUUCUAACCGUGCAGCCAGUUAUCUGAAGGAUGGAAAUUGUGGGGAGUGUGUGAAGGACUGUACAGUAUCUCUUGACCUGGUUCCGUUUGGUAUCAAGCCUCUCCUUCGCCGGGCUGCAGCGUAUGAAGCAUUGGAGAGAUACAGAUUAGCCUAUGUGGACUACAAGACGGUCUUACAGAUAGACUGUAACAUACCUGCAGCCCAUGAUGGUACCAACAGAAUGACAAAGUGUCUGACAGAGGUGGAUGGACUCUCAUGGCGAGAGAAGCUCCCACCCAUUCCCACUGUUCCAAUGGCCAUCAAAGAAAAAUUGUCUUCAGCAACACAACACAAUGGCACCAGAGAAAAAGAGAAAUCUGUCCCAGGAGAGGAUUCCAUUAAAAAAGCCCUAUCCCUGAAAGAGGAAGGCAAUGCGCUGGUGAAAAAAACGGAGUACAAGAAAGCCAUAGAGAAAUACACUCAGAGCCUCAAACACAAUUCCUCAGAAAUCACAACCUAUACAAAUAGGGCACUUUGCUACCUCUCUGUGAAGAUGUACGUGGAGGCAGUGCGAGAUUGUGACGAGUCCCUGCGGCUCGACUCUGCUAAUAUCAAGGCGCUGUACAGACGAGCUCAGGCACACAAGGGGCUAAAAGACUACAAAGCUUGCGUUGAAGAUCUAAACAGCUUGCUGAAAGUUGAGCCAAAGAACACAGCCGCACAGAAUUUACUGCUUGAAGUGCAAAAGAAGAAAUGAGCUUGCGAUUCGGAUGGUUGCUUGUGGAUGUAAAAGGACCCUACGCUGACCUGGUACAUGCCUGAAGUGCCUGUAUUCACUCACAGAAGCAGGUUUUCCUAUCUAUUUCCUGGCCUGUUUAACUUAAACCCACUCAAGAUGCAGUAUUGCUGUGACUACAGAGGAAGCACAGUCAAUGCAGUGCAUAUUUAGCCUUCAUAUACAUCAUGCAAUCACUGCAUGAAACUGAAAAUAUAGCAUUCAACCAUUGUUUCACAAGGACUAUGCAGUUGUAUGUAUUUCCACUAGCAUAAGAAAUCAAUAAAAUGACUUGUAGUUAAAGGGAUAGUUCAUCCAAAUUACAAAAUGACAUUGGUUUACUUACAGACUUACUCUGUAAGCUGUCUAUGGACGAGGUAUGACAGCAAUCCAUGCAUUGCUUUUGUUUACCUGGCCACUGUUUGAAAUGCUAACUUUUUAGCAUUUGAGGCCCUAAUCUAAUGCAAGUCACUGGUACCUAUAUUAGCAUUCUCGCACUUCAUGUCCAAAUCAUUUUAAGUAACUUAAUUGAGUUACACAAUCAAUAUUUAGAUACUUUAGGAUGAUUUGGACAUGAAGCAUGAACGUUCUAAUAUAAGCACCUAUUUAUAUGAUCUAUAAUACCUCUAUAGGUAAACUAUCCAUUUAAGAUCAUAGUUAUUUUAAGAUUGUAUGGAUAUCUACAGUGGACUGUCAUUUUCAUUGAGUCGAGGAAAGUAACGCUAGACCAGAGAAACAGAUUUAACUGCAUAUUGAAACAUCAUUACCACCUAUAUCACCUAACAUGUUGACAAUUCUAUCAGUAAUGCAUAAUCUUUAGAUGUAAUUUUUUGGCAGAUUUUGAUUCAGGACACAAACGGGGGACAAAUCAGAGACUCAUCCUCCCUGAUGGGGGCUGAAUUGGGUGAUACCAGUUUUGAAACUAGUUGUUUUCCAUUGUCCAGUUGUUGCUUCAAUUACGGAAUGUUUGAACAUCUGUUUUUGUUCAAUUUAUCUUUGUUGGAUUAUCAAUGCUAUUGCAGUGGUGACGCAAGUUAGUCUUUGGAUGUUUUACAUUUAAGCAAUGUCAUCUGGGUAUAUUGGUGAUGGCAGCACUUUUUUCAAUUCUGUGAAAUGUUGGAAUGCUUACCUCAUGGUGCAAAAUAAUAAAGUCUUUAUACACCAUG